CAACCGACCCAAAACGCACCCACCAAACAAAAAUUAAACGCCGACACCCCCUUUGCCGGCGCCGCCACUACCCCCCGCCGCCGGCUGGUACACGUCUCCUCCGUUCCACGCUCCUCGCCGCCGGCUCCGCCUCGUGCCACGCCGCCGCUUGCCACCAUGCUGCAGAGCAAGUCCUUCGUGAAGAAGACGAAGCAAGGUCGCAUCCAAAAGGUCGUCAGGGAGCACUACCUCCGUGACGACAUAUACUGCGGCUUCGUCCCCUGCUCCGCCUGCGACACCGCCGCCGAGCGCAAACUCGACGCCGCGGCGGCCGCCAUCCUCGUCGUCGACACCAACGUCGUGCUCCACCAGAUCGAUUUGCUGGAGAAUCCGGCGAUUGAGGAUGUCGUCCUUCUGUCGGUGGUCCUGGACGAAGUGAAGAAUAAGAACCUUGCCGUUUUCAACAGGAUCAAGGCACUAUGCACCAACAAAGCACGGAGGUUUUACGUUUUCGCCAACGAGCAGCACAGGGAUACUUAUGUCAAAGACAUGGUUGGGGAGAGCUCUAAUGAUCGUAAUGACAGAGCAAUUCGUGUUGCCGCUCGUUGGUACCAAAGCCAUCUUGGUGGGAGUGUGAAGGUUCUGCUGAUUACAAAUGAUAGAGAUAACAAAAGGAAAGCUAUUGAAGAAGGCCUUAAUGCUGAGACAGUUGAGUCAUAUGUAAGGUCGCUUGCGCAGCCUGGUUUGCUUGAUUUGGUGGUGGUUUCAACUAGUGGAGAUGUUACCAUGGAAGAUGUAGAAGAUCAUAGACCAUCCAAGAAGAAAGUAAUCUACAGUGAGCACAAACCAAUGUCAGAAAUUACAUCUGGUCUGCGGUGUGGAAUCUACCAUCAAGGGAAGCUUCGAGUUAAUCGUUACAAUCCAUUUGAAGCUUAUGUUGGAAGUGAGAGCAUUGGUGAUGAGAUUGUUAUCCGCGGACGCUCAAAUAUGAACAGGGCUUUUGAUGGUGAUAUAGUUGCUGUUGAGCUCUUGCCACAAGAUCAAUGGCAUGAGUCAAAGUCAUUUAUAGCAGAUGAUGAUGAAGAAGAAGAAGAAGAUGUCCAUCUAGUACCUAAUAGUGCUGAUGAUGCUCCUCGGAACACCAGUUCCACACAAUCAACAGUUGGAUCAUCAGCUCCUUCUGUCUCUAGUCGUCCACUUGGACGUGUUGUUGGUAUAAUUAAGAGAAAUUGGAAUUCGUACUGUGGAUCCUUGCAGCCAAUGCCCAUGCCUGCUGGUAGUGGGGGCGUUGCUCAUGCUUUAUUUGUUUCAAAAGAUCGAAGAAUUCCUAAAAUCCGAAUUCAAACCAGACAGCUUGAGAAUCUUUUGAACAAAAGAAUUGUUGUUGCGGUUGAUUCAUGGGAUGUUUUGUCUCGCUAUCCAUCAGGUCACUACGUACGAACGAUUGGAGAUAUUGGUGACAAAGAAACUGAAACAGAGGUUGUCUUAAUAGAGAACGAUAUCAACACCAGGCCUUUCUCUACACAAGUCCUUGCUUGUUUGCCACCAUUACCAUGGACAUUAUCACCAGACGAUUUGGCCAAUCCUAAUAGACAAGACUUGCGUCAUGUGAGAGUCUUUAGUGUGGAUCCACCAGGUUGUCGAGAUAUUGAUGACGCACUACAUUGCACAUUACUUCCAAAUGGAAAUUUUGAAGUUGGAGUCCAUAUUGCUGAUGUCACUAAUUUUGUUCACCCUGGUACCCCUCUUGAUGAGGAAGCUGCGCAAAGGGGCACUUCUGUUUAUCUUGUUGGGCAGCGGAUUGAUAUGCUUCCAAAGCCCCUGACUGAAGAUGUUUGUUCACUUCGUGCUGAUGUUGAAAGGCUGGCAUUCUCUGUCAUUUGGGAAAUGACUCCUGAUGCUGAUAUCAUAUCCACGAGAUAUACAAAGAGUGUUAUCAAAUCUUGUGCUGCAAUGUCUUAUGUGGAAGCCCAGGCAAGAAUGGAUGACAGCCGUUUAGUUGAUCCACUAACCGUAGACUUGCGGAACUUAAAUUCAUUGGCAAAGAUCAUGCGACAACGACGUUGCGAAAGAGGGGCUCUGACUCUUGCUUCUGCAGAAGUAAAAUUUGAGAUCGAUAGUGAAACUCAUGAUCCUCUUGACAUAGGAAUUUAUCAAAUCCGUGAGGCAAAUCAAAUGAUUGAAGAGUUUAUGUUGGCGGCAAAUAUUUCUGUUGCUGAGAAGAUUUUGAAGCACUUUCCCUUAUGUUCUUUGCUAAGGCGUCAUCCUAGCCCAACAAAGGAGAUGCUUGAGCCAUUACUCCGUACCGCCUCUUCUGUUGGCCUAAAUCUGGAUGUGUCAUCCUCAAAGGCAUUAGCUGAAUCACUUGACAAUGCAAAGAGAGAUGACCCAUACUUCAAUAAGCUUAUUAGAAUUCUGGCGACUAGAUGCAUGACACAGGCUGUUUAUUUUUGCAGCGGAGAUUUGACCUUUUCUGAGUAUUACCAUUACGGGCUUGCAGCUUCUCUUUACACUCAUUUCACUUCUCCUAUUCGCAGAUACGCAGAUGUUGUUGUUCAUAGGUUGCUAGCUGCGGCUCUAGAAAUUGCAAAGCUCCCACCAAUCUUUCAAGAUGGUCCUCAACUUACAGGCAUCGCUGACAACUUGAAUUACAGACACCGAAAUGCCCAGAUGGCAAGCAGAGCAUCAGUUGAACUCCACACCCUCAUAUAUUUCAGGACAAGGCCAACUGAUACUGAAGCUAGGAUAGUAAAGAUCAAGGCAAAUGGUUUCAUAGUCUUCGUCCCAAAGUUUGGCAUAGAAGGGCCCAUCUACCUUACUCCUAAAGGAGACAAGGGUGGCGACUGGGUUGUUGACGAGGUGCACCAGAGGGUAACCAAGCCCGGAACAAACAUCAGUUAUGCUGUCCUGCAGACUGUUAGGAUUCAUAUGGAAGUUGUUGAGCCUCAGCCCCACCGCCCAAAGCUGCAACUCACCCUCAUUUGAAAUGUGCAGCUUAACUGUAACAUUAGUAUUCCCAGCCCUUACACCUCUUUGUUCUCCUGCCCAUUCUUUAAUUCAACAUUGGCUAUUUACGAUUUGUAACAGUAGCAUCAUGGUCAGGGUCUUGCACUAUCAAAUCAGAAUAUGGAUAGUUUUCCUCUGUAUAUGGGAACUUAGUUUAUGAAUGGUACUCGCAGCUGUGAAUACAUCGCUAUAUUUUGUUAAUGUGAAAGAGCUGUUGUAUGUUCACGUGAAA